CUGCAUAUGUGUACAGCGGCUAAAAUGCACAUUUCGACAUAUGUCAAAUUUCAAAAAAAAAUUUCGUUUGAUUUGCUUUUGUUUGGCUUUGGAAAUGUUUUGAAGUAUUAAUUUUUAAAUGUAAAAUACAAAAAUGAGUAUUUAUGACUUUGCUAAACGAUUUAAAACUUUAGAGAAACGGGAAUGUACAUUAGAACAAAUGGAAACAAAAAUAGUAUUGGCGAAUAAGAAAUACACAGAAGACAAAAAUCAGCUUAAAACUUACAUUAUAAAACAAAAGAAACAAAUAGAAUUGCUCCGACUGGAAAUAAAUAAAAUGCAAAAAGCAGUUCAAAAGUUACAUACUUUUUUGCGAACGAAAACAAAUGAUUUACAACAGCUUCAAGCAGGUACCAAAAAAAGAAUCGCUGAUGCCGAGUUACAAAGAGCAGAAAAGGCUGCACAAAAAAGUAUUACAAUAAAACAAUUAAAUAUUUUGCAAAAAUAUAUUAACGCCACUAGAAUUUUUAUUAAUACACAAGUAUUGCCAGAUUUUAUACAAGGAUUUACAAUACAUGAGACACACAAUCACUCGGAGUGGAAGCCUUUUCGCAUUAAAACAGCUUGUCAUACUCAAGAAGAAGUGCAAUUUCUUAUAUGGAGUAGACAAGACGGGUCACUAUAUGACAAUGAAUGGAAAGACUUAAUAUAUAAUAAUUAUUCACAAGGUAAUAGGACCAUAUCUAUGGACGAAACAUGAUAUGGAAUAAAGGUUGUGUUUUAAAUUUAUUGAAAUGUGCAAUUUGAUAAAUAUUAGGAAUUUGUGUUGUACGUUUCAUGUAUAUUUGUAUUAAUUAUAAUUAUUUGGAAUUAAAUUAAGUAAAUGGAAAUAAAUGUUUUAUAUGAAGACCCAGUAACUAAAGGCCUCAAAGGCUGAAGAUGUGAACUGAACAAACUAAUAUUUUCCAAGGACGAUUAUGCUAUAUUAUAAUAUCAAAUAGAA